UCGGAAAAAAAAGAUGUUGAAGCUAGUAAACAAACAUGUUCGCUAAACCUACAGAAACCAGUCGCUGUUCAAAUGGGUGAAUGUGAGAAGCAUUGGCUAUUCGUAGACAUGAAUGUAUCAUUUCAUCAUGCAGCACACUUAUCAACAAAUGAGAUGACUGCCUCUGUGUAAACAAGCAAAACAACACAUCGGCAGUGUCAGCUAGCUAGCUAAGCUAGCUCACUUAACCUAGCUAGGCUAGCGAAUCAGGCCUUUGCGGAGUGGAUGCCACUAAACAAGUUCAGGUCUGCUGUCAACACAACAGCCUCAUCACUAAAACCGUGGUCUCUCUCUCUCUAAGACCCUAAUGGCGUGACGAUUGCAGUAGCAGUUCUGUAAACUGUUGUGAGGAAGAAACGGAGAAAGAAAGUGGAAAAAUGAAGGUGCAGCAGAAGAACUCGGUGCGGAUACUCUCGGGUCGAGAGCGAGGUGUGCCAGGUCUUGGUUCAUACAGACUGCUGCAGCAGCUUGUAGAAGAAAAGACACGCCGCAUGAAAUGGCAAAACCAAAAAGUGGAGCUGCCGGACAGCCCUCGCUCAACCUUCUUGUUGGCCUUCAGUCCCGACAGGACCCUUAUGGCCUCCACCCAUGUCAACCACAACAUCUACAUCACAGAGGUGAAAACGGGAAAGUGUGUGCACUCUCUUGUUGGUCACCGGCGCACUCCGUGGUGCCUGACCUUCCACCCUACCAUCCCUGGCCUUAUUGCCUCAGGCUGCCUAGAUGGGGAGGUUCGAAUCUGGGACCUGCACGGAGGCAGUGAGAGGUGGUUUACAGAGAGUAACGUAGCCAUUGCAUCGCUGGCGUUUCACCCUACUGCUCAGCUUCUCCUCAUUGCCACCAACAAUGAGCUGCACUUCUGGGACUGGAGCCGCAGAGAACCAUUUGCUGCCUUAAAAACUGCCAGUGAAACUGAGAGAGUCAGGUUGGUGAGAUUUGAUCCAUUGGGUCACUAUCUUCUGACUGCUAUUGUGAACCCUUCAACCCAGCAGCAGAGCGAUGAUGAUGCAGAGAUUCCAAUGGACAGCGUAGAGCUAGCACAUUUUCGGCAGCGUUCCUUUCUGCAGGCUCAACCUGUAAGACGUACCCCCAUACUGCACAACUUCCUUCAUAUUCUCUCAUCACGGAACCAGUCCCCUCAGGCAACAGACCUUCCCUCUGCAAUCCCUCCUGACAGCAUCGAUUCACCUACUAGUCGUUAUACAGCUGUGAGGGAACGCGCUAGGACACAAUACCAUGGUUGUGUCCAGCACCUAGGCAUGGCCUGCUAUUGCAGCCGCUGUUCUGCUGCAAGAUUGUCCUCACCACCAGAUGAAGAUCCUCCAGACUCUGACUCUCUGGACAGCCAGUCACAUGCCUCCACCUUUUCCUCCGCACGCACUGAGCCACGGCCAACACGGUUACCAAAUGAGCCCCGCUCAGGUAAUAGGCCCUCAGCGUUUAGCAGCGUGUAUGCACGAGGAGGCUCUGUGCGAACACUGUCUUCUGCUUCUGGAAGAAGGACUGCAACCACACUGGGCAGAGCUGGGGAAGCAGAUUGGAUGGGCAACAUGAUGAGUGGUUAUGGUGUGCUGCCCCCCAGGACUAGCGCCUCCUCCAUCAGUCUGUUAUCUGUUCUCCGCCAGCAAGAGAGUGCCAGCCAAUCAAGUGUUUAUACUUCUGCCUCUGAGAACAGGGGCUUCCCUGCUUCAGAGAGCUGGGCUCAUAGUAGCAGUAGUGCAUCUGGAACUGGGGCAAGUUCUAGCAUGCAUCACCAUCUAGGGGAAAGCGGUCGCACAAGCCCUAGAUCUAUUCGAAGCGCACUUCAGUGUAACUUGAGGCGCUACUUUCUGGAGUAUGAGCACAUGCAAGACCUGGUGCAGCCUCUAAGUAGGGAAGGCGGUAGUCAGGAGGAGCAGACACAAGAACUUCUGAAUAACAACAUGGACCAUGAACGUCCAGGGUCAUCUCAGUAUGACCCUCUUCAACCAAGGGAAAACACCCCUGAGCAGCCUGGUCCAUCUCAAUAUCAGUCCCCUCAUGGUGGGGAAGAUGCUUCACAUGGCCACCUUAAUCGAUGCAGGGUCUGCUACAACCUCUUCACCUACAACCAGGAAACACAGCGCUGGGAACGCACUCAGCAAGCGAACUCUAGCCAACAGGAGAGUCUGUCUUGGCGAUCCCCAAGCCUUACCUUCCACAGUGUGACCCCACCAGCUCAACCUGAACCCCAUUCCACCAUAGAGAUGGAACCUAACAUUGAUGUCCCAGGGCCUGACUCAGCCUUCGCACAUGUUACAAGACCUGUAUCAGCCUUUCCACGUGGCACUGUCUCUGGCCUGCACAGCGAGCAGACAGUGGGGCUGGUCUAUAACCAGGAAACUGGCCAAUGGGAGCGUGUUUACAGACAGUCUGCCACCCCUCGCUCUGAGAGUGUAUCACAAGAUGCCUUACACCAGGAAAUGCCUGAAGACACGCCUGAUGAUGACUACCUACGCAGGAGACUGCUGGAGUCUUCUAUCGUGUCCCUGUCUCGAAAUGACCUUGUUGGAUCGCGAGACCACCCCAUCUACCCUGACCCUGCAAGGUUAUCCCCUGCAGCAUAUUAUGCCCAACGUAUGAUCCAGUAUCUGUCUCGACGUGACAGUGUUCGACAGCUCUCUCUUCGCUACCCUAACAGACUUCGUCCACCGAUCACAAAUCCAGAUGGACCUGUUCCCAACCCAGCCCCCAACCCACCCUCCAAUAUAGACACUGAGGUUGACUUUGAGGAGUUUGAGAGUGGCGGAGAUAGAAACAGACACAGGGCCCCACGUAAUGCACGAAUGUCUGCACCCUCCCUUGGUCGAUUUGUUCCCAGGCGUUUCCUCCUUCCUGAAUAUUUGCCUUAUGCUGGAAUCUUCCAUGAGAGAGGACAGCCGGGCCUGGCUACACACUCCUCAGUCAACAGGGUUCUGGCAGGUGCAGUGAUUGGAGAUGGUCAGUCUGCCGUUGCCAGUAACAUUGCUAACACCACCUAUCGCCUGCAGUGGUGGGACUUCACCAAGUUCGACCUACCAGAGAUCAGCAAUGCUUCAGUGAAUGUGUUGGUGACAAACUGUAAGAUCUACAAUGAUGCAAGCUGUGACAUCUCAGCAGAUGGACAGCUCCUGGCUGUAUUUAUACCCAGCAGUCAACGAGGCUUUCCUGAUGAAGGCAUCCUCGCCAUUUACUCCCUUGCCCCUCAAAACCUUGGAGAAAUGCUCUACACCAAGAGAUUCGGUCCAAAUGCUAUCUCAGUGAGCCUGUCUCCAAUGGGCCGUUAUGUGAUGGUGGGCUUGGCAUCUCGUCGUAUACUGUUGCAUCAUGUCACUGAUCACAUGGUGGCGCAGGUCUUCCGGCUGCAGCAGCCUCAUGGUGGGGAGACCUCCAUGAGGAGAGUGUUUGACGUGGUUUAUCCAAUGGGGACAGAUCAGCGCAGACACGUCAGCAUUAACUCCGCCCGCUGGCUUCCUGAGCCCGGAAUGGGCCUGGCAUACGGCACUAACAAAGGAGACCUUGUCAUUUGCAGACCGUUUAAUGGGCAGACUGAAGGAGGCAGUUCCACAGAACACUCAGAGCCCUUGUUCAACAUUAAUAACAGUGGAGGGGGCGCAGCCAGUAGCAGCAGGGGCGGGGAAAGAACAGGGAGCACUCGGACUGGUUGGCGACCGGAGAGAGACAUGGGCCUGAUGAACGCAAUUGGCCUGCAACCUCGACUCCUUACCCCCUCAGUCACUUCACAAGGUACACAGACACAGGUGCUGCAGCUGCAGAAUGCAGAGACACAGACGUACCGCGAUUCUGAGCAUUACCCCCUGCCUGACCCUGAGCCUGACCUCCAUUUCCCCAGCACCAGCCAGGAGUCACAGGUCCCAGUGAGGAGAAUGACCUGCAAAAGGAGGCCAAAGCUGAGGAAAUGGUAUCAUGCUUUCAGCAACGGGGAUUUAGAAAUACUACACUACAGAAAGCAUAUUCUAGAGCCAAACACUUGAACAGACAAUCUUUACUACAAAAAAAUGCUCCUAAACAAACAAAAGAACAUGAAAAUGAAAGUCAAAUUUGUCACAGAGACAGAAAAUAAUAAAUGGAUUAUUAAGAAAAAUUGGGAUAUUUUUAUCAGUGAUGAUAUUCUCUGUCAGAUCUUCCCUGAACCGCCAUUAAUCAUUUUACGAGAUGCCCUGCUAAACAGGAUACAUUGGUACAUCAGCCAAAUAAGCAUGGUUGAGACCAAAACCCAAGGGAUUGUACAAGUGUAAUCAUUGUAAUUAUGUCUCAGAAAGAGUUCACCAUUAAUCAUUUUAUUACCUGUAUGUAAUGUUAUGUAAACACCUAUGUGUUCUUCUAGCCAGUGCUAUUGUUUUUUUUUUCACCAAAUGUUUUUAUUUCAUUCAACUUUGGUGAAUAGUGUGGGCCAAAAUGAUGGGCAGAAUAUGUAACAAAAUUUCCUUUGCUUCACAAAACAGACAAACACAAACUGUAACAUUGUGCAGGAUAUUUUCAACUUUGGAAAAGCAAAAACCGAGUGUUUCUCUACAACAUUUAAGAGCUUAAGCUUUAUUAACUCUUCACUCACAGCUCAUAUCACCAUAUCAUACCAUAUUGAUUUAGGAGAUUCAGCCCCAAACGAAACAAACAGGCUAAAUGUCUUCAACAGCAAAAACCUCUUUUGCUUCUUAGAGAACCAGCAAACUGUGACAUUGGGCUACUGUCAACAACUACUGUGGUGCAUCACCUCUUUUUUUCACAGCACAUUUGGAAACUGAGGAGACAAGUUGCUGUAGUUUUGAAAAAGAAAUAUUUUCCCAUUCUUGCUUAAUACAGAAUUUCAGCGGCCCAGGGUCUCCUUUGAUAUAUUUUUUAUUUCAUAAUGCAUCAAAUGUUUUCUGUCUGUGACAGAUCAGGACUGCAAGCAGGACACUGUAGGACCAAGACUCUUUUACUGCAGAGCUCUUUUACUACAGAGCUAUGCUGCUGUAAUCUGGAUCAUCAUUACCAGUCUUCUGUUGCCCCGUCCCAACUUUUUUUUAAGUGUGUUCCUGACAUUAAAUUCAAAACAUAUAUUUUUCCAAAAAAAAAAAUAUUUUUACAAAAUUUCUGUCUCAACAUUUGAUAUGCUAUCCUUGGACCAUUUGCAGUUAAACAAAGGGUUUAAAUUAUUUGCAUAUCCUUGCAUUCUGUAUUAAUAUGUUGUACAGUGUCCCAACUUUUUUGAAAUUUUUUUGGGGGUUGUAUAUUGGAAGAGUGAAGGUAAAUUAAAGAGCUUUUAUUGCAUUAUACAAAAGCUAAAAUUUUGAAUGUUUCCACAUUUUUGUAGCCCAGUUUGAGCCCCGUUUGAGCUGCUUUUGGAGAUCCUAAUCCUUUUAGCAUUUGUGAAACAGUUCUUUUUACUGGAACACAUCUUCUCCAUCAUUGUGGUUGUUGACAUGCCAAUGCCAGAGUUGACCGUGAGUGGUCAGAGUUCAUGCCAACGGAUGAAAUUUGCAAAAAUCAAAAUGAUCACCUGCACCUUUACGCACCAGUAUAAUUUAUUUGUGCGAUUCUGACUGUGAAAAUGCAGCGUUAUUGUGUCCACCCUCUGUUCGAUGCAUGCAAACUUUCACUGGCAACAUGAACUUGCUGAUGAGUUACUGAGGUCUGGCAUUAGUGUUCUAAAAAGGUGAUGAAUCGCCUGUGUACCAGCAUCUAGAUCUUUUCUUUAAAAAUCAAAAGGAUCAGAGGCUCCAAAAGCAACUCAAACUUGGACUUAGACUAUGAUGUUAUGAGUUAUGUGUGAAAACACUCAAAAUUUCAUCUCCUGAAUAAAGUGCUGAAGCUCUCCUCGCUUCACUUUUCCAAAAUGGAAAAAAGCCUCUCCAGUGACAUCACUUGUCCAUUCUGUGAGGAGCAGAAGAAAUCUUAUUUCCACUUAAAGGUGUUUGUCCUUUUGUUUUUGGGCUUCAUCUCAUGCGGAGCUGCAUCUCCAAAAUCAGAUCAAACUGAAUUACAGAGAGCUCAAAAAAACUCAAAAAAGUUCUUCUUUUACUUUUACAAAGUUGAAAGCGCCCUGCACUAUGCCAUAGUUUGCCCAUUUUCAUUAGCAGCACUUUUGAAUAGAUAUUGUGUCUGGGUUUUUUUUUCCACAAAAAAAUGGUUAAAUUCCAAAAACAAAAAUGGCAAUUGCAAUCUCAUGGUGUAGUUUUGAUGCAAAAAAAAAUCCUAUCCAAAUAUCUCGCAUUUUGUUGUCAUUUGCAUCAUGUUCGAUAUGCAAUGAGCUUAGAGGUUGUAAGAGUGUAACAUGGAGGAAGUUGCUUUUUUCUCUGAUGUGUUGUGCUAAUUGUGCCUGUGUUUCAGAAUGACUUUUUCUCACCCCUUAGGGCUGUAAACAGUGUGAGUCAGCUCUCACCCUGCCCAGGUGUUAUCUGUUGUCAGGGAAUUAAAAGCCCAAUUAGCUUGUUA